CCCCCCCAUUAGCUAUUGUUGCCGCGCUGGCGGCGCGAGUACGCUGGAAUCAUACUACUUCUUCCCUCCUUUCUUCGGGGUUGCCUUUGCUGGUGUCAUGGGCGUGCCCUUGGCCUGGCCUUUAGCCUUGCCCUUAGCCUUGCCUUGGGCGGGGACAGCGGGGGCAGCGGGGGCAGCGAGGACAUGGCUGGUGCUAGGCCCCUCCUCACCGUCAUCACCGCCAUCGUCGCCAUCAUCAUCGUCGUCGUCCUCCUCUCCCUCAAUCCCUUCUCGAACCUCCUCUCCUUCAAUCCCCUCCCGAACUUCCUCGCUGUCGCUAUCGUCGGGGAUUACGAUUGGAUCAUUGCGUGCAUUCGGCGAAGUUAUUACAUCCCAGGCUAAGGCCCGGGAUGUUGAGGCGCCUUCCAGGCCGCCUGGCGAUUCAGGGCCUUGGAGGAUAUUAAGGGCGGGCGACAAUCGGAAAGGGUUUUCAAGUACCCGCACGACUUUCCUAACGUCGCUUGAGGUCGCCCGUUCUUGCUGCCGGAGCACAGCAAUCUGCUCUUCCAAGUGCAGCUUAAGGCGGCCGUUCUCUUCCUCAAGAGUCUGCACCCUAGCCCCCAUCUCGCCCUCGAGAUUCUGGAUUCUAGCCUCCAUUACCCCCUCCAGUCGCUGCAGCCGAGCUUCCAAAUCGGCUAUCAUCUGGGCGCGGUUUCUAGCGGCAGGUCUAGAAGGGGAAGGGACAGGGGUUGGAGGCGGGGCCGACAUUAUACGUGUAGGUAUUGAAGGUUAUGGUAAGUUAUUGGAAUGGAAUCACAGGCAAAUAAAAUGAAGGUGGUGAUAAUGGUGAUGAUGAUGAUUUAGAGUGUGAAAAUCAAAGGCAAAAAGGAGAAGAGUAGCGCCGCCUGGGACGAGGGCAAACGCCAAUAUAAAUAGGCCAUUUUUGCUGGUUGUCUGUCAAUUCUGUUGCAAGUUGCGUUGUGAGGCUGCGGAUAGUACUGUUAAGGAUACGGGUUGAUGAGCGAGGUCGUUGCUCAAGAUGCAAAUUCUUCACAGCAAAUUUUGGUGCAAAUAUCUUGCAACAACAGCUUUGCCCCUCGUCUCUUUACCUUUGGACUAUCUAACUUUCACGCUAACUAUUUAACCAAUAAAAGCAAGGUAUUUAGCUACU